AAUUAUUAUCGCCUUUCCGUAUGAAUCAAACGCGUUUUACUUUACAAAACACACAUUUGUGUUUUCUUCUUCUAGGAAUCCCGAGUGUCUAAAAUGUUGAUCUUGGUCUUGUUUGUGAGUUGUGCAUUUGUAACAUUCUGCAGUGGUGUGUCGUAUGUACCUCCAAAAUCUCCUCUCUUGAGAUGUCCGUACGGUAAAUAUCACAAUGACGUAGGAGGUGAUCCUAUCUGCAGUCUCCUGGGCGUGACCUGUCCGAAGGGAUACUUCUGUAGCGGGGAUAACAAGAAUCAGAACGGAUUUUGUUGUAAAACUCAUAACCCUUGCAUCACCGGGAACCCCUACAAUGUCAGGGGCGAUGCCCCUCCUUGCCGUAAAGGGAAUUUCCGAUGUCCUAUUGGGUACUCCUGCGUUGGAACGGCGAUUUCUUCAUCAGUUUGCUGUCCAGUAUCAGAUGGAAGGCCCGGACACACAGGCGUGAGAUGUUUGGCGGACGGCAGAACGUACCAGGUCGGAGAUACCUUCCGAAACAGAGCCGGAGAUCGUUGUACCUGUCAGUAUUCCGGCAGGUCUACAUGUGUGUCCCAUCCAAUCCCAGCGUCGUCGGUAUACUGUAGAUACCUGAAUAGGCAGUAUACGACUGGACAACGAUUCGUCGCCGCGGACGGAUGCAAUGAGUGCAGAUGUCGCUCUGACGGGACAGUUCGCUGUACUGAUCAGUCCCGAUGUCACGUGGAUAGUUCAUCGUCACGGUUAUAUUGCACGUACCACGGAGAGCGAUACCUGGCCGGGCGGAAUUUCCCGGCGUCUGACGGCUGUAACGAGUGCACCUGUAGAAUGGACGCCACAUACACCUGCACUUCCAGCCCCUGUCACCGGCGUCAAGAUCGCAGAGAUGGAUCCCCAACGAGUGGACAGGUGUACUGUACGUAUGAGGGAAUUCACUACAGCCGUGGCCAGAGCUUCUCCCAUUCUGACGGUUGUAAUCGCUGUUCGUGUGGACGGGACGGAAGAGUCAACUGCACUACCCGCUCUUGCCGGGCCCCACGCGUCAUUGAUGAUCACGGCCAUGGACAUGGACAUAGCCAUAAAUGAAGGAAUAUUUUUAUUUAAAAAAUUAAAUCAUUAUAGAAAUAAAUAUUUGCUACAGUCA